GUUAAUAAUUAUAAUUCUGAAUUUGAUUUCAUGUUGAAAAUAUCGUACAAACAAUUUGUUGUUACUGAAAAGCGCGUUUUUCAGGUCAUACUUUAAAAGAACAAAAGCAGCUGAUAGAGUUGUCACCCUAAAAGAAUGCACCGUAUUUUGUCUAAUUGGCGCGAUUAUUUCAAGAUUAUCUCAGCGCUGCGCACUAUGAAGCGGACCCAAGCGGCGAAGGCAGGACCCUCCAAAAAGGUUGCUAAAAAGCAGGAGAAAAGCCCAAAGAAAGAAUCAAAUAGUGACCAGAAUUCGAGCGGCUUCAGUGGUGAUGAAGUAGCAUCUACCUCGAAGGCUUCCCUGUCCAAGCCGGACUAUCAGAAUCUCGAGCAGUUCAUCGACCACCUAGAACACCAGCGAUCCGCGACAGCAGCCAACAUCCAGGAGUUCCCAUUCCGAAAGAAACGCGUGCGCGUGCUGUCCAAAAGCGCCGAUGUGGAGGAAUCCUGUCAAGGCGGCGUCGUCUACUGGAUGUCGCGCGAUGCCCGCGUGCAGGAUAACUGGGCCCUGCUCUUCGCCCAGCGCUUGGCCCUGAAGCUAGAGCUGCCGCUGACGGUGGUGUUUUGUCUGGUGCCCAAGUUCCUCAAUGCCACCAUACGACACUACAAGUUUCUGAUGGCUGGCCUGGAGGAGGUGGAGCAGCAGUGCCGCUCCUUGGACAUACCCUUUCAUCUGCUCCUAGGGCCUGCCGUACAGCGGUUGCCGGAAUUCGUAAAAUCACAAGACAUGGGAGCUGUAGUCUGCGACUUUGCUCCGCUGCGUCUGCCCCGACAGUGGGUCGAGGAUGUGGGAAAGGCGCUGCCCAAGAGUGUGCCCCUGGUGCAAGUAGAUGCCCAUAAUGUGGUGCCGCUGUGGGUGACCUCGGACAAGCAGGAAUAUGCUGCCCGCACCAUUCGCAACAAGAUUAACUCCAAGCUGGGAGAGUUUCUUACCGAAUUUCCGGCCGUAGUCAAGCAUCCCCACGGAACGGGCUGCCAGGGUGUGAAACCCGUGGACUGGCCAGCAGCUUAUGCUACAUUGCAGUGCGACACGGACGUUGGCGAGGUGGAUUGGGCUAAGCCCGGCUACAAGGCCGCCUGCCAACAGCUCUACGAGUUUUGCAGCCGGCGCCUGCGGCACUUCAACGAUAAGCGAAACGAUCCCAUGGCCGACGCUCUGUCCGGUCUCUCGCCGUGGCUGCACUUUGGCCAUAUCUCCGCCCAGCGCUGUGCCCUGGAGGUGCAGCGAUUCCGGGGGCAGCACAAAGCCUCUGCCGAUGCCUUUUGCGAGGAAGCUAUUGUUCGCCGUGAGCUGGCGGAUAACUUUUGCUAUUACAACGAGCAUUACGACAGCCUGAAAGGUCUUACAGCUUGGGCCUACCAAACGCUGGAUGCCCAUCGCAAGGAUAAGAGGGAUCCCUGCUACAGCCUCGAGGAACUAGAGAAGUCCCUCACCUACGACGACCUCUGGAACUCGGCGCAAUUGCAGCUGGUUCGCGAGGGCAAGAUGCACGGCUUCCUGCGCAUGUACUGGGCCAAAAAGAUCCUCGAAUGGAGCCCCACGCCGGAGCAGGCGCUUGAGUACGCCAUUUUACUGAACGACAAGUACAGUCUGGACGGGCGCGAUCCAAACGGCUAUGUGGGUUGCAUGUGGUCCAUCGGCGGCGUCCACGAUAUGGGCUGGAAGGAGCGGGCCAUCUUUGGCAAGAUUCGGUACAUGAACUACCAGGGCUGCCGACGAAAGUUCGAUGUGAACGCCUUCGUCAUGCGAUAUGGGGGCAAGGUGCACAAGAGGAAGGAAUAAACUGUUGGGAUUGUUGUC